AUGUCAACUUUCGGCUGGCUGUUGGUGGCCAUCGUCGCUUACCUUACGCACGGCGCAUACCGACGUGUCCAGCUCUCGCGCAAACGAGCAGAGUUCAUACGAGAUCGUAGACGAGCUGCCGGUAUUCCAGACGAUGACAAUCGACCCUUCGCGGAAGCGAGAGCCGAUUCCCUGACACGUAGAAGCCAGCAGAGGCGAGAUGAGGCGUUGUCUACGCCCGUCAAGAAACGCAAGAACAGCCUAGGCCGUUCCAAGUCUCAAAUCAGUAUCGAUCACGACGCUGCAUCGCGGCUGUCAGGUAUUCCUGGUACUCUGCCAGGCUACCUUAAGGGCAGCUUGUUGUCUCAACCUGUACAGCAAAGUCGCUAUAAGCUGUCUCCCGCCAUGACUUCAAAUGACCUGCGCAGCCCCUCUCCCACGAAGCAUCGAAGUGUCGAAAGAAGCUCGUCCCUGAAGACGAUUAAGGGACAAUCGUCUCAGACACCAGCCGACAAUGUUUCAGCGUCGAAGGCAGACCCUAUCAGUGAUGUUCGGAAAAACAGUCCUAGUGCCAGCACCCAGCGCAGUCUCAAGCGCCGCCAAAGUGCUUCGCCAACCAAAGCCGAAGUUGGAGAGCAGGAACAGAACCGCAAGCUCAAUCGAAAAGCGCAAAAGGUCUCCUUUCCCGGGGAUUUCGCCGGUCAAGAAGACCUCACGGAUGAGGAAAUGUCGGACGGGACAGCUGCACCUGCUGAUUCCUUGGACGCAGAUGAAGAAGGCUCGGAGGCAAUGGAUGAAGACGACGCAGACUCGGUCUCUGAAAGUGGUGGCAACAGAUACACAGGGUCAAAUGGUGAUGGUCCACUCCGCGCGCUUCAAUCGGCAGCGCGUGCUACCGCCAAGAAACGCGAGGCGGACGAACUGGAAGAUUCCGAUACCGAAGGGAGUGUCGACACGCUCGAUGACGAUGAGAGCUACCUUCCUCACACGUCCAAGCGAUCGCGCACCGUCAACCAGGAGAUCGAUCCGAAUUCACCUCUUGACUUUGAUAUUGCGGUUCCCGAAGAGGCCAUGGUGGACUUUGACCCUGUGCACGAUAACAACUCGAGCUCAUCGACCAAGGACAAGAGCUCUGGAACACAACACAAGCGCCAAGCUGACACCUCAAACGAUCGACAGCCAGGCGAAGAGUGGACCGACUUUGAAGGUCUGCGGUGGCGCAUCCACCCGGAGACGCACGAUCUGCAGCGUUGGAGCGAUGUGCUCGAGUGGCGAUCCAAGUACCACAUGCCGCGCGACUCGCUACAUCCCAUGGCAAAGGAGUCACACCAAGUCGUGGUUCACAAGUGGCUCACCAGGGAGAAGUGGGAGGAGGCCAAGGCUAAGAAGCUUCUAUCAUUUCAAGAGCCGGAGCGCCUGGCAGAAAAGGAGAAAUUGGACAAGGAGGAAGCGGAAAAGAUGCGACGCAAGCAGGAGCUGCUGGCGAAGAUUCGACAAACUUCGUCACCCAACAAACGCAUCUCAUCGUAUCUCGCUCAGCGGCAGCUGCAGCACAAGCUGUCGCGCGGCGACAUGAGCGGCGACGUCUCAAUGAACACGUUCACCACGAAUGACGCGGAUGGCGACGUGGACAGCAUGUCGAUUGACUCGAUGUCGAUUCUCAGUGGUGGUGGUGAUGGAACCACGCCUAGUAAGCCGAGGUCACGGAGGAUAUCGUUGCAGAGCAGAAUGACACCCUUGAGAGGGGCUGCUGAUACGUCGACCGGAUCCGCACGGGUCGGCCGGGAAAGCGGGUCGACGUCGGGAGCCUCGUCGCCGUCAGAAAGCCCGAAUCGUCGAAGGGGCAGCCCAUUGGCAUCGCCAUACCGGUCCAUCGCCUAUCCCAAAUCGAAAAAGGGCACCAAUGCUACCUCGUCGCCAUUGGUUACGACGGCGUUCCCUCCUCCUUCGACAUCAUAA